UGAAUAGAAUUUGUUGACUAAGUGCGAUAGGACUGGGCAGAACCUUGAUUUUUGUUUGCAUUUUUAUUUGAAAGACAGACACACGAGAGUUGAUCUUUCAUCCUCUCUAGUGAUAAAUAAUAACAAAAACUUGACCACAUCCCCACCAUAUCCUGGAUUUUGAACACGGUAGCGCCGAAAAUGAAUCAGAGCAAUCAGAAUCUUCUCCAGUUGAUGGAGCAGAAUAAAAUGAGAUCACAACAUCGGUUUUCUAACCUCUUUUUGAGCCUGUCAAACAAGUAUUUGAGUGGCAUGGAUAUAAGUGAUCCAGAUUGGCAACCCCCUGAUCAACUGAGUCCUGUGAAAGCAAUAUCAUUGGAUAGGUUUGCGACGUCAAACAAAAUUAAAGUGGUCAUCAAGAAAAGGAAGUAUUCUGAAGUUAGUGGUAACAGUGGCGAAAAGUUAGAAAAUGAGAAAUUGCUAACCCAAAUCAAACCGUGCAGUGUUGUCAUCAAUAGAAUUAAUGUGCCUGAAGAUGGAAAAAUCAUAAGUGAUAAAGGAGUUAAUAAGACAGCGAGUGAAAGACUCAAUGAUGUGUGGUCUGUUGCUGGUGGUUCCCCUUACAAAGUACAAAUUCUGUCAGAGCGGCCACCAAUUAGUCAUGGAGUUAUCUCAGCCUCUCCUGAAAGAAUAAAUAAAGUUUUGAUGAACAGCAAGCAGAACACAGAUCUAUCGUAUACUUCCAAGAAUGGAGAGACGAGCCUGGCAGACACAGCUUCAGGUGAUUACAUGUCAGGGAACGGAACUACGUGCGAGGCUGCGGAACCUGUGUUGUUGGAGAUGAGUGGUCAAGACAAAACUGGUGGCUUGACGACCGUGAGAGAAAUAUCUGCUUCUUCUGAAGAGGCUGGUAUUCCUGAAGAUCAAUCAGACACAGUGCUGCACAUUCCUGAAAAUACCAAUAAGGACUACUCAAUUCAUAAGCAUGGAAGGAAUUUCAUCGAUGGUGCUCCUUCGGUGCAUGAAAAACCAAAGCAGAAGCCUCUAGGCUUGAGCCUAACAAGCCUCCAACCAGCACGGAAAUCAAGGUUCCUAACGCGGGAUGAUCUCGUGUCUGCAUAUGCACCAAGAACCUACAGAAGCAAAUGUGGAAUGAGGGAAUGGACCUUUACUCAAUCGCCAAAUGGCAGCUGUAAGCUUACAUUUUCUAAAGUUGGUGCUCAGAAGAAGACUUGAACGUUCAUUUGAAUGUUUGUUUUAAUGUUUGUCGGACCAUGUAAAAAGCUAAAUUCUUUCAAAGAUUCAUCCAAUUCAUUUGAAACGUGUUGAUAUUUCGCAAUUUAAAAAUAAAUGGAUAUAAAUAGACAAAAUGACAAGUGAAAAUGAUUUAUAACUUAAAUGUUGAAUGCCUGGCCUAUCCACAACAAAUUAUUUUGAACGGUUAAAUUCCGUUCAUAAAUCUAAAUUAAAAUUAAAAAUUUGCACGUUUUCCCAUCAUUAUUUUAUUAUAUUUUAUAUUGGAUAAGGGGGACCCUUGCUAGGGAAUGUAGACAAGUAAAAUUGGUAUUGACUUUACUUUUUAUGAGGUGGAUUUGAAAUCAGGCAAAAGAUUAAAAGCGACUCAAGAAAUUAAAAAUUUAUUUUUUGUCUUUGCAUUGAUCAUACCAGGACAUGAUUAUCCAUUAUAUUUUAUGGGGAAAGGCUUUUCAAUUUGUUAUGUGGAGUUGGAAACUGAUUUAUACGCUUUUAAAACCAAAUUUUGUCUUAUUGUUUAAGUAAGUUUGUUCAUUAAUAUACAGUUGCUUUUAUACUAAAUUUGUUGAAUAUAUAUGCCACUUUGUCAUCUUGAACCACUGCUCAGAAAAUUCCGUACUCUAUGAGAUCACCCGGUCCCAAUCCAAUUUAACACCGCCAAGCAGAUAACAUAGGGCCCAAGUGGCAGCAGAGAAGCUUGGACCCAGUCGUGACCAUCUUUUCGCCUUUCCACACCAAGACCUUUUAUUGAAACGCCAGAAAUUGUCCUCAAAUCCUCUAAAGGUGCGAAAACCAGAUAAUGUCGACUGUCGAGUCCUCCCAGCCAGUUGAGUAAUUUUUGAGAUGUGAUUCUCCCCACUAUUUGGUACUAGAAACUUACAGACGUUUCCAAGUUAGUUCCAG